CUUUAUUAUUCGGACUAACACUUAAAUUUAAAAUACGUGAAAUAUCAGAGGACUAAACUCGAACAGUGAAAUUUCGGCAAAAUAAUUAAAAUGUGUCCUUACUUUUCAUAUAGAUAGUUUUCCUGAGAUUGAUAUAACUUGAAUAUUUCAAGAGACGAACUGGGAUCAGGUGAGGAACUACUUGGGUCCAAAGAUCACCGAGAAGCUUUUUUGAUUUGAUUUGUGAUUUAAGUUCUAUCAUCUUAAUUGAUUCACUACUCAGUACUAUUUUUAUCGAUGAGCUACUAAUCCAGUCACAGUUAGAUUGACUUCAGGAAUUCUGAGUCCUCACUAAAAAUUCGAAGGCUUCAUGUUAUUUGUAAAACGAUAGAAAAGGAAUUACACAACAUAUGCGCAAAAGAGUCAUUUGAGCUGGAUAAGUUUAUUUUACAAUAAUGAUCAUGAUAUCUAAACUUACAAUCUGUUGAAGUAAGUGAGAACAGUUAUUAGUUUGAAAUCAGAUUAAUAUCGGUAUGUUACCGUAUGAGAAUCUCUAGCAAACAAAAACGUAGCAACAAUUUAGUUCAAAAUUAAUAAUUUCAGGUUUCCGUAUACUGGUAAUCCCAAGAUUACUUGAUGGCAAUUUUUUCAGGAAUCUAUAAUGUACUUUUUCCGUAUAAUUUCUGCUUCACUUAAGGCGUUAAAAAAUAAUUCACGACCGAUGAUUAUUUUUAUCUCAUUAAAUCUAUGGCAAUUAAAAUAAAACUAGAAUUCAUUUUUGUCCUAUAAAUCUUUUCAUUGCUAUCAUGUUGAAAACCAUUUAAAAUGACAGACUUGGACGAUUUCUAGAAAAUAACUCGACAUCCACUCGAUAUUUCAUUAAUCAGUUUGUCAGAUAACUAGGAAAGCGGAAAUUCAUCCGACUCUGUGAUAGUACUGGUAAUCAAAUCUUGUUUUUUUAAUAUUAUGAAUAUAAUUCUAGGUAUUUAGUUUUAGAUCCAGUAAAUGUAUUUUUAUCAAAGAUCAGUGUGUUGAUGAUGUUAAACAUUACUAAAAAAUUGUACAGUAGUGACUAAUAUGUGAUGAUAAACUUGCGAAAAUUUGAUUCAACAUAAUAAUAAUAAUAAUAUAAGCCAAUUAUUAUCACAAUCAGCAUUGAAUAUUCAACAAUUAGAGCGAACAAGUAAUUAUUUAUGAGUAAAAAUUGACCAAGAUAACUGUAUGCACAUACAUAUUUAAUAGAUUAUUAAGAUCUGUUCGUGAGUCUUACAUCAAAUGUAUUUGAUCAAUAGUAAUAAUAACAAUAGUAAUAAUAAUUGCAAUGUCUACACAAGAUAGUCUGGUUAUAAGUGGACAGUUAGAAAUAUAUCUCCGUAAUACAUGGAUACCAAUCAAAGCAACUUUGCAAAAUGAUGCUUUGGUUAUUGAAUUGGAACACACUUCAAGUAUUUCUAGCAAUCACCACGAAGAUAUUUCCACUGCAAAACGUCUGGUACGUAUAACAAAAGAAGAACUAAAUGGUCUAGGAAUCAGUAUUAAAGGUGGUAGAGAAAAUAAGACACCAAUUCUAAUCAGUAAAAUAUUUAAGGGUAUGGCAGCUGAACAAACUGGUCAACUGAAUGUUGGUGAUGCAAUAUUAUCUGUAAAUGGUGAAGAUCUACGGAAUAGUACACAUGAUGAAGCGGUUCGAGCAUUAAAACGUGCUGGACGAAUUGUUGAAUUAGAAGUAAAACAUAUGCAUGAAGUGACACCGUAUUUUCGAAGGGCAGUAGGGAUGGAAACUAUAGCAUGCUCUGCUGAUCUCAGUUGGCCUACUAGUCAGCUCGGUAAUCUGGUCCCAUUCGGAGCUAAUGAUACCACUGGUAAAAAUGUCACAUCAACAAGUAGUAUAGAGCAUCCAGGACGUUCUGGUGGUCCUGGUGUAGUGCCAUUAAGAUUAACACAUUUAGUAAGAGAUUUAACAUUACCAGAUGUGACUGGUUGUUGUUUUGAGUUACACAGUUCAGAUGGUCGACGUUCAUGUCUACUCCGUGCACCAGAUGCUCAAGAAGCUCGAAUGUGGUUUGAUGCAAUACACAGUAAAAUGAAAAUUAUAAAUAAAUCUUAUUUGGCUGAACUAAAUCGUCUACUUCCCCCAACCCAAGAACUUAAACAACUGGACUGGUUGGUGGAAUUACGGUGUACUAGUUCUGAUGUACCAAAUAGAGUAGGUGAUCAUAUAGAUGAUAUAAAUGGUAAUAUUGUAAGUGAUAUUCUAUCAGCUGGAGAUCACACGACAGCAACAGCACAUUCCCAACUUAUUCAUACAACAUGGAAACCAGUAUUCGCAGCUUUAUCUGAUAGAGAUUUACUAUUGUAUGAUACUGCUCCUACAUCUAAAGAAGAAUGGGCUAAUCCUGUACAAGCACAUCCAUUAAUUGCUACACGUGUUGUUCAUGUAGAUUUAAGAAAAUCAAUUCUGAAUGAUUCUCAUGCACAAAAUGAAAUUGGUCGAAGGUAUCCACCUGGAGACAUGGUCACAUUUGUAACUAGAACAGGUAGCAAACACGGUGUUGAAUCUCAUACAUUUGCCGUAUCUACUCAAGAGGAUUUAAUGACGUGGUCUAAUGCAAUUAUUGAAGGCGCACAUAUGGCUGUAGCCGGAGCUCAAGAAGUAGUUAUCACUUGCAGAUGGCAAAAUUAUGAUUGUCGUUUAACAUUACACUAUGAUACUGGAUUAAAAUUAAUCUCUUGUCAAUUUCCUAUAGAAUCACAUUCAAUAGCACAAUCUUAUCCACAAGGGAAUAUGACUAGUGGACAUGUGAUAUGGGAGUAUCCAUAUGAAAGGUUGAGGUCAACUGCAGAUGAUGGAAAGACAAUCCUGUGGAUCGAUUUUGGACCAGAUGGAGAAUAUGAAUUAGAUUUACUUGGAUGUCCAAAGCCUGUAGUAUUCAUUCUACACAAUAUAUUAUCUGCCAAAGUAACGAGACGUGGAUUAUUUGGAUAACAGAAGAAACAUUUCGGGAAACAUUUUAUUUAUUUGUCAAUAUAGAAACAUACGCACACACUCCCAUCUAGUUCUUAACAGCAAUACAACGAAUGGUAGUACAAGGAAAAGGACGGAAACAUAUGUAUAUUGUAUAAUAAAAUUCUACGUAUGAAUACAUUGGUAAAUUAAUAUUACUAACUUCGAAUAAUAUUUAAUCUUUAUUCAUUUUUCAAUUAAGGAAUCAAAAAAAGUUAUUAUAGUCGUUAUCAUUGUGUACGAUACAUUCCAAAUUUAAAAACAUUUACUACUGACAAAUCAUCAUUAUUGUUCAAAUUUGCGUCGAACAAUCACUACAUGGAUAUCUGUAUAGAGAAGACGAAGUUCACUCUCCAAUAAACACUUUACAAACUCUGAACCAUGUGAAUAUCUUUUUGUUGUCUGAUAUUCUUUAUUGCUACUUAGUUCCAUUAUCCCAUCCCUUGUUUUCUCCUAACAUUGUGUUGAUUAGUUGGUUUUAUUCCAAUGUGAAAUAAGUGUUUUAUUUUCACUAGAUGACUAGUAGAUUCAAACAAAAAGGUUGUAAUGACAAACGUAAAGAGAGCUGAAAUGAAAGGAAAAUAUUUAGUUGACAUUGGACCAGUCAUUUUUAUCAUCGUAGUUGUUGCCGUCUUAUGAUUUUAUUAUUCUUCUGUGAUACACUACCACUCGUUUUCCUUUCUCUUAAUAAAGAUGUAUUUCUUUGACUCAUAUCGAAUCUACAGUAAACUAAAAUGUGACUGUUAACAAUUAUGCUGUUUUACUAUUAUUAUUGUUAAUGAUUACCUACUUACUUGCUUUUUAUUAGUAAUUUAUUCUCACUGUUCUUCUGUUUGUUCAAUAACUAAUCCAGUUAUUGAUUGAGUUUUGAAAUGAAACUAAGAAUGAAUUGGUUUAUCUUUUUCGCUUUUUGAAUGUUCGUGGUUUCUGUGAUCAUUUUGAAAAUAAUGAUCGUAGUGGAAGACAUUCAUCUGAUAGUCGUAUGUAGAGAAUGUAUCCUUUGCUGAAAUCCUAAACGUAAUUAUAUCUUACAAAGUAAAAAUUUACUGAUACUUCAACAAGAUUUUAUCUUGUUUCUCAUUUCGAUUGAAUAACAAGGAUUAAGUUUUUAGUGUUUGCACUAAGUUCAGUAUAUAUAAGCAACAGAAAUAACAGUCAUUUUUUUCACACAUGUUUUUAGUCGUGAACAGAAUAUAACUUUAAUCUCUAGAAAAGCCCCUUCCUUACUUUUGGUCGCUUAACCCUUCAAUGGACAAAUUGAGUAACUAUUUGCCAUUCACAGUGUGAUUACAUGUUAGUGUAAC